AAUAAUUGAAUAAAAUUGUUAGUGGUGGAAUGUAUGAAUUUGCAUACGGCCACGACACCUUCUCACCUGUAAAAGUACCAUAGUGUGUUACACAACACUGCAAACCGAACGCCGAGCCCGCUACGAUACAACAAAUUUUGUUAACAAUCAUCACACGCACUGUUAAUGUUCGCGUGUGCUCCAAAGUGUUCUUAACAAGCAAAGUUUAUCAAUAUGGCAAAUAAAAAUUACCCUGCCGAAUCACAACAGUUAUACUCGCAGCCCACACGAGUGGAGCUGCUGUCGCCGCAGACGAAUAUAAAUCAGAAACCGAGAUGGGGCAAGCUGAUGUUACUGAUGGCCAUGGCCACCACCUUAGGCGGAGCAGUGUCGACGGGCUACUGCAUAGGCGUUAUCAAUGCUCCCUCCAAGUUCAUGAAAAUUUGGUGUAAUCAAACGCUGCAUGACAACUAUGGCAGCAACCUGAGCGAAACCGGACUGGAUUUGCUGUGGUCGAGCAUUGUUUCUGUUUUCCUGGUUGGUGGCGCCAUCGGCUCGCUGGGCGGGGCUGGGGCGGCCAAUAAAUUCGGCAGAAAAGCAUGCUAUCUCAUUUGCGGGGGGCUGUUUACGGUCGGAGCGGUGCUCUUCUUUUUCUGCCGCGCGGCCAACUCCGUCGAAAUGCUGUUGAUUGGACGCUUCAUUGUCGGGCUCGCAUCGGGCCUUGUAACCGCGACCUUGCCCAUGUAUCUGUCCGAGGUGGCUCCGCUAGCACUGCGUGGAACGCUGGGCGUCUUCUGUGGUGUGGGUGUGACGGGAGGCGUGGUCGUGGGACAAGUAUGCAGUUUGGCCGAUGUUUUUGGCACCGCUGAUCUCUGGCACUAUGCGUUAGCCGCAUACAUGGGCCUGAUCAUUGUGGGCUACCUGCCCUCGUAUCUCUUCCCUGAGAGCCCCAAGUUCCUGUACAUAGUCAAGGGCAAUCGUGCGGCAGCCAGGCGAGAACUGCAGCGACUGCGUGGCGACGAUGCGGAAGAACUCAUCGGACAGGAGCUGGCCGAGAUGGAAGCCGAGACCAAUGCCAAGAAGCAGACAAGCAGAUUCUGCGAUGUGCUCCGCGAUUCCCGCUAUCUGCUACCGCUUGUCAUUGUCUGCUGCUUCCACGGCGGCCAGCAGUUGUCGGGCAUCAAUGCAAUCUUCUACUACUCGGUUUCCAUCUUUGAGAAGGCUGGCCUCUCCACAGCGAAUGCCCAGUGGGCCAAUUUGGGUGCUGGAUGCCUGAAUCUGGCCGUCUCGCUGAUGGGCCCUUGGCUGAUGGCCACCUGCAACAGACGCACCCUUAUGAUGUUCUCCUGUGCAUUGUGCUCCGUAUUCCUCUUUACCAUUGCCUUCGUCUUGUACUAUAUCGACUUUGUCAGCUGGUUUGCCUCCGCCUGCAUUUUCUGCAUCAUGGGAUACAUUUUCUUCUACCAGUUCGGCCUGGGCCCCAUUCCGUACUUCAUUGGAUCAGAACUGUUCGAGGUGGCCCCUCGCUCCGUGGCCAUGUCGAUGGGCAGCCUGGCGUCAUGGACGUGCAAUUUCAUAAUUGGCAUAUCCUUCCCUAGCGUGCAGAAUGCCUGGGGCGCCUUUGUCUUCCUGCCGUUCUCCAUUACCUGUGUGCUGCUCUGUUUGCUAACGAAAUUCUAUCUGCCGGAAACACGAGGGCGGGAUCCCUCAGAGGUGGCACCUCUCGUAUCGAAGGGUUUCCGGUCCAAGGUCAAGUGAUACCUGCCGCGAACGCACGUCUUACACUUAGAUAUAAUUAGCUAAUGAUAGGGUGUCUCUUAAAUGUACAAUUGCAAAGAUGAGGCCGUGUCUUGUACCUUGUGCCUUCAUCGACAAUAAGCCAACAAGCCGAACCAAUUUUUUAUCUUUUAUACGUCAUAAGUUUUCUGUAAAAAAAAAUAAAAAAUAUGAAUGAGGAACUAACUUUAA